AUGAAUCCAGCGGGGAAGCGGAGACAGGCGGGGAAUAGGAAAUGGGAAGCGCGGGUCGAGCACCAGAAUGAGGUUUUUCUAACACUUCGUUUUAAGGGGAAGGUAUCUAACAGUGAAAUAAACACGGCGGCCUCCGCAGAGGGCAUCGUCUCCAGGUCGGGAGGCGGCUGGGUCAGCAGGCGCUCACAGGCAGCGGCGAUGUCGGCCGGUCGCGAUAGAUCCGCGGGCAGGGCAGGAGUCUGCGGGGCUCUGCCCACAGCGGGCAGGCCGGCGCCUUCCUACGGCAACGAAGCGAUACCGGGAGAACCCCGGGGCGGCGGGGAACAACCGAGGGGUGGGUACAGGCAGUACGGGUGUGAGAGCAGCCACGGCCGGUCCCGAGCCCCUCGCUCCCGCAACGCGGGCGACCGGAGUGUAACUGUGGGGACUUCCGCCGCCGGCAGCCUCCUGCCCGCCCUCCCGCGCGUCAAGCGCCGGGCGUCACGCAGACGUUGUAAUGCAAAUUCCUGCUGUGCAAGGAUCCCUUCUAACAUCUGUGUGCUGUUUUGCAUAGGUGAAUUGGACCCACAUGGAGCUUCUUGCAGGAUCCAUGCUGUGUCUUCAGCAGACAACUUUAAAUUGAUAAUAUCAGGACCCUUGAAACCAGAAAUUACCAUAACUUACAUUGCUGUUUCAGCUAUAUUCUUUAACAGUGGACUCUCCUUAAAAACUGAGGAGCUGACAAGUGCUUUGAUGCAUGUGAAACUACACCUUUUUGUCCAGAUUUUUACACUUGUGUUCUUCCCAACAGCAAUAUGGCUCUUUCUUCAGCUAUUAUCAAUCACACCUAUAAAUGAAUGGCUUUUAAAAGGCUUGCAGACAGUAGGCUGCAUGCCACCUCCUGUGUCUUCUGCAGUAAUUUUAACCAAAGCUGUUGGUGGAAAUGAGGCAGCUGCUAUAUUUAAUUCUGCUUUUGGAAGUUUUUUGGGCAUUGUUAUAACUCCACUUCUGCUUCUGCUGUUUCUUGGAUCAUCGUCCUCUGUGCCUUUUACAUCUAUAUUCUCACAGCUGUUUAUGACUGUUGUAGUCCCCCUUAUUAUUGGACAGAUUGUCCGAAGAUACAUCAAGGACUGGCUUGAAAGGAAGAAGCCUCCAUUUGGCGCUAUCAGCAGCUGUGUGCUCCUGAUGAUCAUUUACACAACGUUCUGUGAUACUUUCGCCAAUCCAAAUAUUGACCUUGAUAAAUUUAGCUUGAUUAUAAUAGUGUUCAUAAUAUUUUCUGUUCAGAUGAGCUUCAUGUUUUUGACUUUCCUCUUCUCUACAAGGAAUAACUCUAGUUUCACACCAGCAGACACAGUGGCUAUCAUUUUCUGUUCCACACACAAAUCCCUCACCCUAGGGAUUCCAAUGCUGAAGAUAGUAUUUGCAGGUUAUGAGCACCUGUCCUUAAUUUCUGUCCCCUUACUCAUCUAUCAUCCUGCUCAGAUUCUUCUUGGCAGUCUAUUGGUACCAACAAUAAAAUCUUGGAUGGUUUCUAGGCAAAAGGCUCUGAAGUUAACCAGGCAGCCCAAAACACCUGUGAAGGUAUAAAUAUGGAGAUGGCCUGUGUCACAGUGAAUGUAUAUAUGUACUAUACUGUACACACAGACAAUUGAGACAACUGGGUAUUUGUGAAUGUUGCUUCAGUGCAUAUUUUAUUUUUUUAUAUAUAUAUAUAUAU